GAAGCAACCCCCGCAGCCAGUGAAGUUCUCAAAAUGGAAAGGUUGGUUUCGUCGUGUCUGUGAAUCCUGAAGAAGAAACUGCUGGUUCAUCCCAAGAUCCUGGAUAUACAGAUAAAAUCUCCAAUGCUUCCCUUAACCUUUUCGAUUCUCAUCAUCUCCAUCUUCAUCCCGCUCACUUAUUCUCUUCCUUUCGUGGUUUUGCAUGGUAUUGGUGACAAAUGCAGCAACCAAGGAAUCACACAGUUCACUGAGCUUUUGAGCAAUUGGACUGGUUCACAAGGAUAUUGCUUAGAAAUUGGAAAUGGAUCAUGGGACUCCUGGACCAUGCCCCUCAUGGAGCAGACAGAAAUUGCGUGUGAGAAGGUAAAAAGUAUGAGCAUUCUCAAUGAGGGUUACAACAUAGUUGGACUUUCUCAGGGUAACUUGAUUGGUCGUGGGCUGGUUGAGUUUUGUGAUGAAGGACCUCCUGAUAAUCUUAAGACUUUUAUGAUACUGGAGAUUACUUUUGCAGUCUGAACAGAUUUCUACUUUUUGCAGUCUGGAUGGAUAUGUAUUCUUGUGGAUAGUCUGAUAAAGUUGGAGAUCUAUAGCAAGUAUAUCCAGGAACACUUGGCUCCCAGCGGUUAUAUCAAAAUCCCAACUGACAUUAAUGACUAUAUGGAAGGUUGUAAGUUCCUUCCAAAACUCAACAAUGAGAUCAAAUAUAUGUUUAAUUCCACAUAUAAGGAGAGGUUUUCUGGCUUGGAAAAUUUGGUGCUUAUAAUGUUUGAGCAGGACACUGUGUUGAUACCUAAGGAAACCUCCUGGUUUGGGUACUAUCCAGAUGGGACCUUUGAGACCGUGUUGCCUGCACAACAGACCAAGCUUUACAUUGAAGAUUGGAUUGGUUUGAAAACCUUGGAUGAAGCUGGAAAAGUUAAAUUUAUAAGUGUACCUGGGAAUCAUCUUCAAAUCUCAAGAAGUGAUAUGAGAAAGUAUAUGGUGCCUUAUUUGGAAAGCCAGCAAAAGAUAACAAAAUCAUCAUCUUAUGCACGGUUUUCAACCCUAUGAGAUAUUAUCAUGGAUCUAAUUGGACUUGCAAGUAUGAACUUCUUCCUUGUAAUUGGUAACGGUUCCAAAUAGAUCCUGCUAAAAAUAUUUCUGUUGUAUUUGUUUCCACAAACCACGAAGAUGCUACAUUCAGUGAAUAAGUAUUACAAGUGAGAACUGUAUUAUACGACGCAAACACCAACUAUGAUGUGUUACAACUGUAUGCCUUUAUGAUGUGAAAAUAUGAGAAAGUUUCAAUACAGAAUAUGACUGAAAAUUGAUCUCAA